GGUUUUUCCAAUUCUACACGUGUAAAAGGUUACUACUUGUGUAGGAAGAGGAAUUUUUAUUCAAGCCCUGCUUAAGCCGCCACCUAUUAUGGCUUGUAUGCAGGCAAAAAUUUAUCCCGCUUUUGUGCCCAGAAAUUUUUCAAUUUAAGCCUAGAAUUCUUACUGAUUUGCAUAUACAGGCUUACAAGGCACUUGAACGCUGAGAAAUUUUUUGGUUAAACUUGAAUGCUAUCCAUCCAUCCUUCUUUCGUACCACACCAUCUCUAUACCCCCAUAGACUGGCAAUUUCAAGAUGCCGCAAAACGAAUAUAUCGAAGAACAUCAGAGGAGGCAUGGUAAACGAUUGGAUCAUGAAGAGAGAAAGAGAAAGCGUGAGGCUCGUGAGGCCCACAAAGCCAGCGCAGUUGCUCAAAAGACAAUCGGUUUAAAGGCAAAAAUGUUAAACAAAAAACGCAGAACGGAAAAGAUUCAAAUGAAAAAGACUUUAAAACAACACGAACAAAGAGAUGUAAAAGCUGCUUCUACUUCUGCCGAACCAGAUCAAGCAUUACCAACGUAUUUGUUGGAUCGUGAAAAUCAAAAAGACGCAAAAGCUCUUUCAAGCGCAGUGAAAGAGAGAAGAAAGGAUAAAGCAGCUCGUUAUAGCGUUCCUUUGCCACAAGUUCGUGGUAUUGCAGAAGAUGAAGCUUUCAAAGUUAUCAAAACCGGAAAGCGUAAACAGAAAGGUUGGAAGCGUAUGGUCACAAAAGCAACCUUUGUUGGUGAGAGUUUCACCCGAAAGCCUCCAAAGUUGGAGAGAUUCGUUCGACCAAUGGGUCUUCGUUACAAGAAAGCCCAUAUCACCCAUCCCGAUCUCAAGGCAACGUUCCAGCUACCCAUCAUUGGCGUAAAGAAGAACCCUCAAUCGCCCAUGUAUACUCAAUUGGGUGUUUUGACGAAGGGUACUAUCAUUGAAGUGAACGUGAGCGAAUUGGGAAUGGUCACUACCGGAGGAAAAGUUGUUUGGGGUAAAUACGCACAAAUCACAAACAAUCCAGAGAAUGACGGAUGCGUGAAUGGUGUCCUACUUCUUUCAUCAUAGACGCAAUUAUUUAUUCUAUUUACGCAUCAUCUUGUAU